AUGAAACUUCAAACCCUAAUUAUUCAAAUAGUUCUUCUAAUGACUUUUGCUGCUGCAUGGAAACAAUCUCCACCAUAUGGUUAUACUUAUAGCCCCCUUAUAGACAUCAACGAAUACGUCAUGGAAAUCGCCGAUUUCGCCGUCGUUGAGUAUAACAAAGUAAGUGGUACGAAGCUGACCUUAAAUAAGGUCUUCACGGGUGAAUCAUCACAGGUUAACGAAGGGAUCAACUACCGCCUCACCCUCUCUGUCUUGGGCGAAUAUUUCGUUUCUAACAUCUAUGAAGCUGUUGUGUGGGAGAGUCCGUUGUUUCCUUUUCGAAUUCUUAUUUCCUUUAUAAAAAAUUAA